CUCUUGUUUCCUCACAGCCCUUCAAACACUCAACAAUUUUUUCCUUCUGUUUUUCAGUUCUAAAAAUUGAUUCUUUACAUGGCGGCCUUUUCAUUUCAGUCUCACCCUUUUCUUCUGGACUCCAUUUCCUUACCAAACACAUCCACCAUCAAAGUGUCUGGUUUUGAUGGGAACAUCAAUCCCCACUGUUUCUCGCAACUUUACCAGGAGUCGUCCCCUGUUGGUCCUAUGUUCCAUGAAAGCAGCUUUGUCGAUGACGGUUCCAAGGCUGUUCAUAGUGACAAUGAGUUCUCGACCGUCACGACUAGAAAACAGAGCACCGACGAGCACUCCACUGUUGUGGAUAAGCUCGAGAGUGGCGAGCAAGUAACUCAGAAGAAAAGGACAAGAAAUGGGACAACCUUGAAUUCUGCACAAUUUAAGGGUGCAAAAGAAGGUAAAACCAAGAGGCAAAAGAAAAACGAAAAGAAAGAUCCCAAAGCUGUUAAAAAGGACCAAAAGAAAGCCUCCGAAGAGCUCCCCUCAGGCUACAUUCAUGUUCGAGCCAGAAGGGGUCAAGCGACCGACAGCCACAGCUUAGCAGAAAGGGUAAGAAGACAGAAAAUCAGUGAAAGGAUGAAGACAUUAGAGCGUCUGGUUCCAGGGUGUGACAAGGUGAUUGGAAAAGCACUCAUGUUGGAUGAAAUUAUCAAUUAUGUUCAGUCCCUUCAAAAUCAAGUUGAGUUUCUGUCAAUGAAGCUUGCUUCUUUGAAUCCCAUGUUCUAUGACUACGGAGUGGACCUGGAAACAUUGAUGAUCAUACCAGAUAGAGUUAACAGUACAGAAACAUCCCCACCACUUGCAAUGGCGCCAUCUCUACAACAGCCCAACCCCAUUCAGACAACUAUUGUCCCAUCUCAUAACUAUCCUCUUCUGGAUGUUUCAGCUGCACUGUUUCUUCAACAUGGGCAAAGGCCCAAUGUGUUCUCGAACCCUCAGGAUAAUGGUAGUUUAUUGUGGGACGUGGAGGACCAAAGAAAAAAACUUUUCAACUCAUCUGAGCUCAACGAAAGCUUAUGUUCUUUCCAUUAAUAUUAAUGCAGAAAGAGAAAGAGAGAGAGAGAGAGGGAGUUGCCCUACAAACAUCUGGUAGGAAAACCCUCAUGUCUUGUUCCUUUUUCAUGCAAUAAAGUAAAAAAAAAAUCAAUGUGAAUUUACAUGAAUUCUUUUUCAGAGAAAAAGAAAAAUCAAAAGAAGGCUUUCUGGGUUUUCUGCAUAAGUUUAAAGCAGCAUCUGAAGAUGAAUAAAGGGGGCAGCUUUGCAAGGCAACAUUCAAUGGAGGAAGAAGAAGAAGAUAAAGGACAGAUAUAAAAACCAACAAAAAAAAAGACCAUACCUUUCUGUAGAUCCGUUGGUUCUGUCUAUCUUGACUCUUACCUCUUUAUAUGUCACUUUCACGCACAAAUUCCUAGACCCUACGCCUGUUUUACUGUGUUUUGGCUAGAAGAAAAACAAAGAACCAUUAUUGUUUUUUUACGUAGUAAAAAGUGGUAUGUAAUAUAAAAAUCAACGUUAUAAGGU